GUAAGAUGGUUGGCUCAAGUGAUGGAGUUAUGGCACAAGCUCUUCACAAUUCGCAGAAAAAAUGAGCCAAACCGAACACAGAAGACAGCAGCGAGUAGAGAAACGAGGUGUCUAGUGUGUUUUGUGAAGAAAAACGCUAGUAGUUGUUAUUUAAGUGUGUUUUUUCUAUUUUUGGUGUUAAUUAAGGUGUCUAGUGUGUUUUGUGAGAGGAGAGAGAGAGUGAGUGAGUGUGAGGUGGUGUCAAGACUAGCAGGGGUGGCGCAGGAGAAAUCAGCCCCGUUACUACUGCAGAAGGAAGACGUGCGGGUAUUACUGUUUCGAGAGUGCGAUACGAGAGGGCGCAAGCUUCUCUAUGACUCGAAAACAGUGCUCCAGGUGCCUCUAGGGGAUGCAGCCCCCCACGCAGGCCCCCCAGCCCCCAAGGCACUGUUCAAGGGGAGCUGGGGGAGUGUGGGGGGCGCCAUGUCUCUCCAGGCCCAUAAAACCCCCGUGGUGAGGUCGACGGCGGGACAGAGAAGUGAAGCGUUUGCGGAAGUCUGUGGCGGUUAUGGCUAUCAGUACCAGCAGAAGGAAGGGGAUACUAAGGCAGUGGGUGAGCUGGUCUUUGGCUCUGUGGACUUGGCAUACCGCGGGUCCUGCUCCAAGCUCCACCUGCUCCAAGAACCCCCGCAGCGAGUCCUCCUGUCCCGCACCGCCCCGGCACCCACCUCACACCUGCCUCGCCUCCCUGCCGCUAGUGACCCAGGUAUAGAGGACUCAUCGUUCAGCUCAUCGAUCAGCUCUUUAAGUGACGGCGCUGUGACCUCAGGCUCCCUGGAGGUGCCUUGGGGAGUGGGGGGGUCACACACACUGGCCAUGAAGGUCCCACAAUGCCUCGGGUCCUCGCUGAGUGAAGGGGACUCUGGGUUCGGUGGUCCCCCUUCUCCAUACUCCUCUACUUGUGGGUCUUUCCUCUCGCCGGUGUCUGUGCCCAACACCCCUCAUGGCACCCCCUCCUCCCGCCAAGGAUCAGGAAACAGCCUCAAGAACUCUGGGAGCCUUAACAGUUUGCAGCGACGGUUUCUACGCAGCGUCAACACAUCGCUGGAGGCUUUGGGGGUGGUGGAGGAGGGGGGGAGGGGCGCAUCACCAAGCCACCACACCCAGCGCCGCACCACCAAGCUGGGACUGGCGGUGUUGAUACAGUUACAAGGACAGCACCACCAGCAGGAGAGUGUUGAGGACUGGCUAUUCCUGCACCUUGGGGUUAUCGAGAGUGCCAUCAACAAGCUACAGACAGCCCUGCACUCAGCCUACCUCCAUCGCCAGAGCUUUGUCUCCACCACACACGCUGCUGUCUCUAAACUGCAACAGGAUCUGGUGGACCUGGUGAGCGGGCCAAGGCUGGGACGUCCUGUGUGGCUGGGGCUCCUGGGACAGUCUGCGGCAGCGGCGGAACGGCACGCCCUCUGCUGCUCAUUUGUGGACACUCUGGCGGCUGUUCUGAGCACCUUCGACACUAAACAUACUAAUUUCUUCGUGAGUAAGUUGCUGACCGCGGUGUUGACUCAUCACCUUGGCUGGGUGUCCACUGUAGCCCCAAGCGAUCCACCACCCUUGCCACCACCACCGCCAUCUCCCACUGCCACCACCAAUGCCAGCACCACCACGCCAGGCACCACCACCACCACCACCACCACCGCUGCUCAGAUUCCUCCAUUCACUCCAGCUCAGCCUUCAUGGGCGGAGCGUUUGAGUGAGUCCCACCCGUACAGUGCAGUUUGGGCGCAGCUGUGUGAGUUGAGUGGUGCGGUUGGCUACCCCCCCCGCGCCGCUCGCACUGUUCUCCUGGGCUCCAACACCACUCUGCUACAUCACCUCCUCACCAUCCUCUCUUAUAUCAUCAGGUGUUCUCAGGUAGUGGAGCAGCAGGUGGAGGCCCCACAAGACACACCCACCAGUGCCUCCGCCUUGCCUAAACACCUCCAGACGUCCUCACAGUGUUCCUCCGCCGCCUCCAUCUCUACCAUAGUGGAGGAGGUGCCAGGUUUACAGAGGGAUGCUAGCUUGAGACACAGCAGGAGGGCGGCAAGGGGUGGAGUGAGGGGGCAGGAGGCACGUGGCGGGGCAGGGGAGGGUGUGGAGCAGGGGAAGGAUGCCGGGGAAGGAAAACGUUGGAUGUUAAAUGAUGGUGAGGAGAUUGUGAUUCGCGUCGUGAGUGAGGGUGGCCGGCCAUCCUCUCCUGCCUCACCACAGUCCCCACAGCCCCCACAGCAACCCCAGCCCUCACAGCACCCCCAGGGAACACCACAGCCACCCCCACAGUCCACCACAUCAGUCACAGAAACCACCUCUCUGUCUCCACCUCCGCCAAGUUUAUCCACCAGCAAGACAUCUUUCAAUCUUUCCUCCUUGGCGUGUGAGGAGGAGGAGGAGGGUGAUGCAUACCUCCCCCCAGCCCCUCCCUCUGGUCUGUACCCCCCACUGCACCACCUGGAUGACCACAGGGAGACUUUUGGCCCUGUGGUGCUGGAGCCGGGGAAAAUCGCAGAAAAGGUACAAAAACUUUUCCGUUCGUCAUCGCAGCGUGAGACAGAUGCCACAGCACACACACAGACGCCACAGCCUACACAGAUGUCCCUCACAACCCCCAGCCUCACAAGCCAGCCCUCAAAGCACCCCAUGACACAUACACAGCCCCAGCAAGCCCCUGUUCCGCCACCAAGGACUAAAAGAUCCAUGUCGAAAAGUGAAUGUAUCCCAAGUGAAUCUGACACAGCUGGCCUGAGGAAGGUUCACCCAGACAGUGUUGUUAUACCAGCCAAGGACAUCCAGCCUGAAGUGGAGGAAGGUGGCAGAGUUCUUCUUCUCCACCACAACACUCCGCCACACCCACACACACUCACACCCCAACGCACGGCUCCACGCACACUCAGACUCACACAUACACAAACACACGCACACACCCGCAGGAACCGUACUUACAUGCACACUCGGAGUCGCACAUACGCACACACGCACAUGCUGACUCACAAACACGCACAUACCCUAAACACACAUAUACACACAAAGCUGGCUACAGGGUACAGUGGCUUGGGGUGUGGUGGCCUAGCAGGGGUGCAGGGAGCUCGGGUGAUCUGCCUGCCACACCCUGUCGACACACGGCGCAGGGUCAGGUUGAGAAAUGUAGGUCGCGAAUCAGUGCGUGACCUCACAAAAUUAGAGAGAACAGUUUACCCAGCACUAAGUCACCUGAAGGAGGACAUGUGUAAGCCAAGUGUUCAGACCCCAAGGGCUUCCCAGGGUACAGGGGGGCUGGGUGUGGCAUCCUGUGGGGCCAGGGACGCCACACAAACUCACAGACGCCACCACAGCGACCCGACCAAUGGUGUGUUUACGACUUCACCGCCCCCAAGCCUUAAGGAUGUCUUGGAGGAGCAGACUGAGACCAAGACACCUGCACACCCCCACACCUGCAGGGAAGGUGUGGAGGGUGUGGAGGUGGGGGAGGUGGUGCAAGAGAAAAAGGACGAGGAGCAGGAGACGCAAGGACAGGCAGUGACGGAGGCCAGAGAGGAGCCUGUGGUGAUUGGCAUGCCAAAAUGCGUCUACACCACCACCACCACCACCACCACCAGCACCACCACCACCAGGACGCAGCGCCACGGGUUAGCUGGGUCACUGUUAGGCGGUGUGCUGGACCACUAUGCCUCACCUUUCAUCCUGCACGCCACCACCCAGACACAGCGCUGGGAGGACAUGCUGCGUCAGGACCUCUCAUCUGCCGCCCACCACUCUCCAUUAGACCCUCAAUUGGCGGAGGCGGUCGCUGUGGUCGCUGAUACAGAUUCCUGGGAGGUGCAGGUGGUCUCCUCUCACUCCUAUGUGGUGGGUGGCAGCGGCGGCGGCGGUGUGGUGGGGCUGAGAGUGGAUGCCUCCCCUCUUGUCUCAUCCAUCACUGACUCUGUUCUCGAUCUCACAAGACUUGGCAUCAGUCCUUUGUUCGUAGUACAGCAUAUGGAGCAACUACUGAGCGAGCUGUACUUAAAAUCACAGCUCCUGGCCCAGUACCUCUUGGGUGGGGCCAUGGCUGGGGGCGGGGGGGCCACAGCAGCGCCCUACCACCUCCCUGACCUCACUCGCUCCCUGGGGCUUGAUGUGAACGACCUGCCUUUACUCCUGGCUGUGGCCUCGACGCACACACCCGCCCUCACACAUAUGUACGGCCUGUGUGUGCGGUGAUUGUUCCUAAGGCCUGUAUGUGUGUGUGUGUGUGUGUGUGUGUGUGUGUGUGUGUGUGUGUGUGUGUGUGUGUGUGUGUGUUGGGUAGCCAUCUAUGCACUCUUAAUAAGUUGAAGGAAGUUUGUGUUGAGUUAAUAUUGUUACUCUGUGUUUUGGUGUUGUCAAAGCAUCACAGUGUUGAUUCGUGGUGUUAAGAGUGUGUUAGAUGGUGUUGCUGGUGUGGUAAGGGUGGCAGCUGGCUGUGUCAACUGAGAGAGAGAGAGAGAGAGAGAGAGAGGUAGGGUGCUGGUGCAUUAAGGUGUUAGAGCAAAGAAAAAGGUCAGAAAACAUGGUCACAGAUUAGGUGUGUGUGUGUGUGUGUGUGUGUGAGUGUGUGAGUGAGUGAGACCAAGCGCGCAAAGGUCACAUUGCCACAAAAAUAUUCCAAUACUUUCAUUCACAGUAUCAUAAUUCAAGAUACUGUCAGUUCUCUCUCUCUCUCUCUCUCUCUCUCUCUCUCUCUCUCUCUCUCUCUCUCUCUCUCUCUCUCUCUCUCUCUCUCUCUCUCUCUCUCUCUCUCUCUCUCUCUCUCUCUCUCUCUCUCUCUCUCUCUCUCUCUCUCUCUCUCUCUCUCUCAUCACUCCUAUUUUUUUUUUCUUUUUAUAAAUCAACAAUGAAUACAUGAACACAUAUUUAUUUGUAUUUUGAUUCAGUAUUGAUUGAAAAAUGUAUAUAUAUGUUUGUAUGUAUGUUUGUAUAUGUGUAUUUAUCGGAGUAUUAUCUUUGUGCAUGUGCUGGCGUUAUUAUUAUUGUUAUUUUUAUUAUUAUUAUUGUUAUUGUAGAUUCGGCAUUCACAUUACUUAAGUUUCCCCCUAAUUACAUAUUUUUUCAUGUAUUUAUGUAAUUUUUCCUUUUAUUUGCAUUAUUUUUCCAUGUAUGUGUGAUUUAAGAUUAUUACACAAACAAAUAGCAUAUGUCUUAAGUGUCGGGUAAACAGUUUAUGUAUAUUUUGAUUUCUGUAUGUGAGAUGAAGGCUGUGGGCAUUACACACUUGAUAUAUACAAGUGUGUGUGUGUGUAUGUAUGUAUGUGUGGGGAAGGAAAACAACACAUAACUGCCUAACUCAUUUUGUUAUCUCUUUGUACGGUAAUGAAGAGAAAGAUGCAAGUUUUAUAUCAAUUUUGUAAUGUUUCUAAGCUAGUCAAGGAAUAAAUGAGCACAAAGCAUUAUUUUAAA